UCCCACCUCUUCCUGCAGCAGCACUGAGUGCGAGAGAGAGAGACAGAGCAGAAACAGUCUGAUCAUAUGGAGAGUCGGACAGCGAUGCCAGCGGUAACCCUGCAAGAGUACAGCGCAUCUCUGAGAAAUAUCGACGUAUGAGAGAAUAACAACGCUAUUUUCCGGAUUUUCAGUCAUCGUUUGCCAUAUAAAUGGAAUGAAACGCGGAUGUCAAUAGAUGUUUGAAGUGCACAUGGAUGUUAGGCUACUUCUCUGCAUGUUGUGUUUAUGGAGAAAAUUGUGCGUCUGUCCGAGAUCAGCUGAGUAAGUGUUUAUUAGAUAUUGAGAUGAUGCUAUGCAUGUACGCAGGACAAGUUAUAAUUCAGCUGUAGGAUAUGAAGUUAUAAAUCACCAUGGCUUUGGGUGUAUUCUUACAAACAAGUGGAUUUUAAUGUGUCAUUUUUUUCCACUAAAAAAGUAAACCAGCCGUAAGCAAUCAUGGUAGAACCUGUUGGGUUCGUGGAAGCAUGGAAAGCUCAGUUUCCUGACUCAGAGCCUCCUGAGAUGUCUUUGAACUCUGUUGGAGAUAUUGAGCAGGAGCUGGAGAAAUGCCGAAACUCUAUUAGGCGCCUGGAGAUGGAAGUGAACAAGGAGCGCUUUCGAAUGAUCUACCUGCAAACUCUCCUUGCCAAAGAGCGGAGAAGCCAUGACUCUCAGCGUUGGGGCUUCAGUAAGGUCUCGCAAGGUGAGCAUAAGCCAACGGACGUCCAUCUUCAGAAAGCUGAUGGAAGCAGGUGUCUCCCAGCCAAACUGAAGCACACGACCGCUGCAGAGGAGAGUCGUGAGUCUCAGCCGUGUGUUGAGGUGGUGGGAUGUGAUAUCUCAGACCUUGACAAGCAGAAAAACAGAGAUGGAGAGACUGACUGGAUGUCUCCAUACAAAAAAAGGAGUGUUGAAGCUCCACUCAGACCCAUUGCUGGACGUGGACCUGCACACCAUGAGACGGAUUGCGUUUCAGAGUCUCCACCGAAGGAAAAGGUCACCACGGGGUUGGGAGUCGCUGCACUUCGGUCAAACUUUGAACGCAUCAGGAGAGCCAAUUCUCAAACAUCUAGCGAUGGGAAAAGCGAGAAGCCUUACUAUGUCAAUAUGGAGUACCACCAUGAAAAAGGUCUUGUUCGGGUCAAUGAUAGAGAAGUCUCAGAGAAGAUAAGUACUUUGGGCAGUCAAGCUAUGCAGAUGGAGCGCAAGAGGUCUUUGCAUUCUGUCCCGGGUAAUUUGUCCACUGCUUUCGGGGACGUCCGUAAACCAGAGCGCUCGCAUGAAAGAGCAACCGAGAGCGGCUACAACUGUGAGUACGAGGAACCUGACCUGAACCCUGGGUUCCUCAAGGACAAUUUAAUUAGACUUAAUGGAAGAAAAGCACCUCAGCAGAACUGGCAGCAGUCGGACUGUCAACCCUAUACGACCGUUUACGUAGGGGGCAUUAUGGGAGAUGGAGAGGAUCUACACUUGACAUGGCCCAGGCGGUCUUACUCACCUGGGAGUUUUGAGGAUGGAUACACGCCAGAUUGCAGCUCCAAUGAAAACCUGACUUCCAGCGAAGAAGACUUCUCCUCAGGGCAGUCCAGCCAUGUGUCCCCGAGCCCCACCGCCUACCGAAUGUACCGAGAGAAGAGUCGCUCUCCAUCCCAGCACUCCCAGCAGUCGUUUGAGAGCGGCAGCCCUCCUACCCCACAGUCCCAAAAGCGUCUCAAGCAACAGCUAGCGCUCUCCGAGGCCAAUGUUGUUGGUGUCCGCAAGAACUGGCCCACUGACGGAAGCUCCAACAACUUCAGCAACAGUUUCCAUGGAGAUUUGGAUAUCCCGUUUAGCGGGACCCCACCUCCAGCAUACGUUUAUGAUGGCGAUCGAGGGGAGGACCAGCGUAUGCAGCCUGAUGUUGCAUCCUACACGGAUGACUCCCUCUCCUCUCCGCGCCUUCACCCGAAGGGUCGGAGCAUUAGAGAGACCUCAGGGUCCCUGGAGUCCACUAAAUCAUCGGAGCUGGAUGUCGAAAAAGGGCUGGAGAUGAGGAAAUGGGUCUUAUCAGGGAUUCUGGCUAGUGAGGAGGCCUAUCUCAGCCACUUGGAGGCGCUCUUACUGCCUAUGAAGCCCCUGAAAGCUGCUGCCACCACUUCGCAGCCCAUGUUAACCCUCCAGCAGAUAGAAACCAUUUUCUUCAAAGUGCCUGAGCUCCAUGAGAUCCACAAGGACUUUUAUGAUGGCCUUUUACCCAGAGUGCAGCAGUGGAGCCACCAUCAAUGUGUGGGUGACCUUUUCCAGAAACUGGCCAGCCAGCUCGGCGUGUACAGGGCUUUUGUGGACAACUAUAAGGUUGCCGUGGAAACUGCCGAAAAGUGUUGUCAAGCCAAUUCUCAGUUUGCUGAGAUUUCAGAGAAUCUGAAAGUCAAGAGUGCUAAAGAGGGUAAAGAUCAGAAUGCCAAGAACUCUUUGGAAACUCUGCUGUAUAAACCAGUGGAUCGUGUCACUCGCAGCACCCUAGUGCUCCAUGACCUGCUGAAGCACACCCCAUCCAGUCAUCCAGAUCACCCUCUCCUGCAGGACGCCCUCCGCAUUUCCCAGAACUUCCUGUCCAGCAUUAAUGAGGAGAUCACACCCCGUCGUCAGUCUAUGACAGUAAAGAAAGGAGAGAAUCGGCAGCUUCUCAGAGACCAGUUUAUGGUGGAGGUAGUAGAAGGGGCACGGAAACUUCGACAUGUCUUCCUCUUUACCGACCUGCUGCUCUGCGCCAAAUUGAAGAAACAAACUGGAGGGAAGGGGCAGCAGUAUGACUGUAAGUGGUAUAUCCCGCUAGCUGAUGUCACCUUUCAGACCAUUGAUGAAUCGGAGUCCUCACCGGUCCCCCAGAUACCGGAGGAAGAGAUAGAUUGUUUGAAGGUCAGGAUCUCCCAGAUCAAGAACGAGAUCCAGAGAGAAAAGAGAGUGUGUAAAGGAGGUAAAGUCCUUGAUCGCCUCAGGAAGAAACUGUGCGAACAGGAAUCACUGCUGCUGCUCAUGUCUCCAUGCAUGGCCUUCAGAGUCAGUAACAGAAAUGGCAAGGGCUAUACAUUCCUUAUUUCGUCUGAUUACGAACGCGAAGAAUGGAGGGAGAUCAUUCGGGAGCAGCAGAAAAAGUGUUUCAAGAGUUUUUCUUUAACUUCGCUGGAGUUGCAGAUGCUCACCAACUCCUGCGUGAAGCUACAGACGGUUCACAAUGUUCCUCUGACAAUCAAUAAAGAAGAUGAUGAAUCCACGGGGCUGUAUGGCUUCCUGAAUGUGAUUGUUCAUUCUGCGACAGGGCUGAAACAGAGCUUGAAUCUGUACUGUACGCUAGAAGUGGACUCUUUCGGCUACUUUGUGAACAAAGCAAAGACUCGUGUGUACAGAGACACCACAGAGCCAAACUGGAAUGAGGAGUUUGAGAUUGAGCUGGAGGGCUCUCAGACCCUCAGACUGCUAUGUUACAGUAAGGUCAAACAGUGCAGGGAUGAUGGGGAGAACAUGGAUCGCAUCAUGGCCAAGGGACAGAUUCAGCUGGAUCCUCAAUCGCUGCAGGGUAAAGACUGGCAGAGGACAGUAAUCAGCAUGAAUGGGAUUGAGGUCAAGCUGUCUAUGCGGUUUACCAGCAGAGAGUUCAGUCUGAAGAGGAUGCCCUCCAGGAAACAGUCCGGAGUGUUUGGGGUCAAAAUCGGGGCUGUCACGAAACGGGAGCACUCCAAAGUGCCUCUCAUUGUGAGACAGUGCGUAGAAGAGAUUGAGCGCAGAGGGAUGGAGGAAGUGGGCAUCUAUCGUGUCUCUGGUGUGGCCACAGACAUCCAAGCCCUGAAAGCUGCAUUUGAUGCCAACAAUAAAGAUGUUUCAGUUAUGAUGAGCGAGAUGGACGUGAAUGCCAUUGCUGGAACACUGAAGCUUUACUUCCGAGAGCUUCCUGAGCCCCUCUUCACCGAUGAACUCUAUGCAAAUUUCACUGAAGGCAUUGCGUUGUCAGACAGUGUAGCAAAAGAAAGCUGUAUGCUCAACUUGUUGCUCUCACUACCUGAACCCAACCUGCUGACCUUCCUGUUUCUGCUGGACCAUCUGAAAAGGGUUGCUGAGAAUGAGAGCUUCAACAAGAUGUCCUUCCACAAUCUCGCCACAGUGUUCGGGCCAACCCUUCUCCGCCCCUCUGAGAAGGACAGUAAAAUUCCAGCCAAUCCCACACAGCCCAUCUCUAUGAGUGACAGCUGGUCUCUUGAGGUUAUGUCUCAGGUCCAGGUAUUACUGUACUUCCUGCAGCUGGAGACGAUCCCUACUCCAGAUAGUAAACGUCAGAGUAUGCUCUUCUCCACAGAGGUUUGAGAAGAAGCUCAGGUGCAUUAUGGUGUGAAAUGCCCUUGGAAUGAAGUGAUUCAGCAUGUGACCAAUGGAGGGCACCAACAACCUACUGAAAUCUUCCAAGCGGAGUGAAUUCCCAACUGCAUCACUAGCAUUCUGUCGAUACUUCUGGAGAAAUUUACAGUGAAGAAUGACAAGUCAGUCUGAUAUCUUCUAAUGGACUCACUGUUACAAGCACUUAGAGUUACAUUCAACAAGCAGGUGAUGUUAUUUUCUCUGUCAUCCACUGUAACAUUUCCGACUGAAUGGCGAGUGCCAAGCUUCUCAUAGGUUAUUGGAUGGGGAAUGUUAUUCUGACAUUUUGUCUUGUUCCUUUCAGCACUGUGGGUUUAUAAAGAAUUACACAUUCCAUUUUUCCAUGACCGUUUUAUUUGAUCUGACAUUUUACUCACCUAUGAUUUAUGUCUUCCCGUGGCGAAGGCUACGGAACAUCUGAACACUGAAAUCGUGGAGAGGAAUACAUUUAUAUGGCCCAUUUCUGAUGGAUAAAACACAACACAGAGAAUUAAAAUGUGAGAUUCUUUAACCAGUGUUUGACUAUGGUCAACAUAGUAGCUGUCUUAAUGGUUCAUGACCAAAAAGAACUAUACAGUAUGACACAAUUAUAGUUUCUACCACUCCCAAGAUUCCCAAGAAAAUACAUUACGUUUGUUUUAUGAAAACAUUUCUGUUUUAUGUCACAUAAAUCCACUUAAUAUUGGAUUACUGAGCCUAUAUUAAAACAAUACAGUACACAUGGGUAAUAUCACAUGACAUAGGACUAGAACACUGAAUUUUUUCAGUGCUUUUCAAAAUGGAAACCUUACAUAACUUAGAAAACAAAACAGUAAAUUAAUUUUAAAUCUUUAUGUAAUAUAAGGACUAUCGCAUGUUAUGCUUACAUGCUUAACCGUAACUGAUGGACCUAAUUAAAUGAAUAUAGGAGUUCUCCAUCUGAAUAUAUCACUGCUAUUAAACUCCUAUUACUGAGCAAAAAUUAAUUUAAUUCAAACACUGUAAAUCUUUCUUGUUUAAUGGUUUGGGAUCAUUAUAUUUUCUUUUUUUUUUUUUGCUGUUCACAAAACUUGCAAGCACUUUGCGAUCCUGAACAGUGCCAAUACCUUGCCCUGUUAAUUGUGUAUGUAAAUUGUUUAGUUUAUCAUGGCUAAUAUGCAUAUAUCUGUAUUAUGUUGUUCAGAACAAAGGAGAGGUUGUGUAUUGUUAGAAUGUCAUGUAACAUGCAGGCAUGUUGAUUUGUUUAUGACUUAUUUUCCUAUAGAGAUUACUUUUUAGUUAUUGUACGACACAGAGUCUUUAAGCUUGUGUAUUUCCUUUAGAGUAAGGAAAAACGAGACAUUCCUGUAAUUGUGUUGAAGAUCAUUGCCUUUCUUUGUUCUUAUUCCAUUGUAUAUUCUGGAAUCUGCACUUCCUUUAUCAAAGUCCUACUGGAAUUACAACUAUAGCCAUUCCUCGUUUUUCUCUCUUUUAUUUGGUCCAUUACACACUGUACUGAUGAAGAUAUUCCUGGCUGCCAUUUCACAACCCAGCCUCCAUGAUGAGGAAAUGUUCUGUAUAUGGAUAAGUAUUGCACAGUGUGGAUUAAGGAGAUGGAUCACAAUAAACUGCUUCAUCCUCUUGUUUCCACAGAGCCGUUGACUGUUCUGUGUGUUUAUCUGACCGAUGGCCAAGUACAUUAAACGUUACUCAAAAAGAGAUAGCAUUACUCCCCAGAAGACAUUAGGACAGUGGUUUGCUUUCAGCAUUCCUUCCUCUUCUGGAGCACUGUCUGUUGCUGAAACGAUAGUCUUUGUUUAUUGUUUUUACUGGACAAUACUCAAACUGCACAAUACUACACUUGUAUGGCAGACCUGUUCAAGUGUGGUCAUAAUGUGAUUCUGUACAAAGUAGAUGAAUAAUAAACAUGAAGUUGGUUAAAAUGA